AUGUCACCCGCACCUGAUGUUAAUCCUGAAACAGCUAUUUUAAGUUCAACAUCAAAUACAACUGUACUCAAUGCUAUUUCAUCAUCUGAACAACUUAAUCAGAAUAGUAUUACAGAACAAAUUAUGGAUCCUGAUUCAUUAACUAUUAAUUCAAUAGAAAGUAGAAAUUCCUCGAAAGAAGAUGAUAUUCCAAGAUUAGUCGAAGAUGAUAUACCUCAAUUGACAAUUUGUUCAGCUCCAUCAACUCCAACAGGUGAACAUGAUCCACCAGUUAUAUUUCGUAAAUCUUCAAUAUUGGCAUUUCCUAUUACAACUAGUAGUAAUAUAUAUACUCUUCCACAGGAUGAUGUACGAUAUGAAGGUGUUCGAAAUAAUAUAAAUAGAAAUAGUGGUGAUAGUAAUAGUUGUCUUGAUAAAUUUUUUGGAUGUUUUAAACCAUUUUUAUCUGCAAUGAAUAAAUUUAGUGGAAAUAUUAAAUCUAAUAAAGAAACAACAAGUAUAUUAAUAAAAUCUAAUGAUGAUUGGGAAAUUCCAAUUGAAAAUAUAGUAAAUAAUCUUAAAUUAAUUGGUGUUGGUAUAGAAGGUUCAGUUUUUCAUGGAAAACUUAAUGGUCAAGAUAUUGCAUGUAAACGAGUCAAAUCUAAAGAAGAUACAAAUAUAAAAUAUUUAAAAAAAUUAAAUCAUAUUAAUGUUAUUAAAUUUCGAGGUAUUUCAAUAUCACCAUCAUCAUAUUAUAUAAUUAUGGAAUAUUGUGCAAAUGGUUCAUUAUAUGAUGUAUUAAAACAAUAUCGUGAAAUAGAUUCAUGUACAAAAGCUACACAAGUUCUCGAUUGGUCAAAACAAAUAUCAAAUGGUGUUGAUUAUUUACAUUCAAAUAAAAUUGUUCAUCGAGAUUUAAAAUCUCCAAAUAUACUUUUUUUUGAUAGAAAUACUUUAAAAAUAUCUGAUUUUGGUACAAGUAAACAAUUAGUUAAUCGACGAAGUCAAAUUAUGUCAUUUAAUGGUACAAGUGCGUGGAUGGCACCAGAAGUUAUUAAAAAAGAACCUUGUUCAGAAAAAAUUGAUGUUUGGUCGUUUGGUAUUAUUCUUUGGGAAAUGAUAACCUGUGCAGUGCCAUAUAAUAACAUUGAUGCAGCAGCAGUUAUAUGGGGUGUUGCUAAAGGUAGUUUAAACUUACCAAUACCAUCAUCUAUACCUGAAGGAUUUAAAUCAUUAAUGACAAUGUGUUGGAAACAACAACCAUCAAAUCGUCCAACAUUUCAACAAAUAAUAACAUAUUUAGAUAUAAAAAAAUCUGAAAUAAUAUUAUUCGAACAAGAACAAGAAUAUGAAGAAUUAACACGUUUAUGUUCUAGAGAAAUAAACGAAAAUUUAACAAAAUAUUCAACAAUUGAUAUAUCAUCAAUAAUUCAAUUAACAAAUGAACAAUUAAUAGAAAAACGUAAAGAAGAAUUCGAAUAUAUUGCUGAUAUACGUAAAUGUUAUGAAAUACGUAUACAACAAAUAAAUAAACUUUAUAUUGAAUUAAAAACAUUAAUGAUUGAAUUAGAACAACGUGAACAAAUUAUUAAACAAAAAGAAUAUUUACUUAAUAUUAAGGGAAAAAAACGUACUAUUUAUACAAUAUCAAAAGCAAGACAAAAAUCAUUAGAAAUUUUUAAAGCAGCAACUCGAAAUUUCAAUGAUCCAAUUAAUUUACUAUCUCAAAAAAAACGACAUAUGAAAAAAGAAAAUAAAGAAUCUUCAAAUAGUAAAUUACAUAAUACAUCAAAACAAUCAACUAAUACUUUAACAUUAUUGUCAUCUUCAACAGUAACAAAUACAAAAAUUCAAAACCGUCGUAAAAAAGGUUCUGAUCAUAAUCGUAAUAAUAGUGAAGAAAAUGCAACAUCAUUGACAGUAUCAAAUCUUUCAGCAAUUGAAGUUCAAGAAAAAAAACGUUCUUCAAUAAAUACAACAAAUGAUAAAUUUGAUUCAUCUUCUAAAAUAAUUUCUACAACAAGAAUCAAUUCUCCUUUACCAUCUAUAUCAGCUAUUAUUGAUUCAAAAUCCAAUGAAAAUAAUUGUGAAUUAAAUCCAAAAAAUUUAAAAGUUAACUUUAAAACAACAAUAAAUGAAUUAAAUUUUCCAUUAAAUAAACAACAAUCUUCUACUGAUCUUCCUAUUUUAUCGGGUAAAGAAUAUUAUAAUCAAACUCAUUAUCAUACUUUUCCAAGACAACGUCGACGUCGUUAUAUUAAUAUAAAUAAUAAUAAUAAUAAAACAAAAUGUUCAUCAUCAAUAACAUCACCUUCAACUAAAUUUCAUACAUCAAAUGAUCAACAUUCAUCACAAAUCGAUGAUCAUUGUCGAAUUAAUGAUUUACGUAAACAUUCACGUUAUGUAAAAUUUCAUUUAUCACCACCAUCAAUAAUAAAUGAUCGAAAAAUAAUUAAAAAUAUUUCUUAUACAUCAUCUGAAGAAGAUGAAGUAGAAGAUAAUCAUAGUGAUAAUUAUAUUCUUGAUGAUGAAAAACAUCGUGCUAAAUAUAAUCAUUCAUUUGGAAAUUUUUCAUCGGAAAGUGAAAUUUAUGGAGAAAAAAAUAAUCAUUCAUCAUCAAAAAAUGAUGGUGGAUUUUCUGAUGAAGGUGGUCAAAUUUCUGAUGAUCGACCUAUGUCACGUGAAUCAACAUUUAACAGUGAACUAGAACAUGAAUAA